AUGGCAUGUGUGUCGCAGUCCAUCACGCGCUACCCGCUUCUCCGCUGCAUCGUCUCAGCGGCAGAAUUCGCCCGCGGUGAGUUGUGCUUCUAUGAGUCUUACGCUGAACUCGUCGCGCAGGACGCCGCGGGUGAAACGACAACGCCGCUGCGAAUCGACUACGACCUCCUUCUGCACUUCCGCGUGGUGCGGCAGCAGCAGCUGAUGCGCAUCGAACUCCCACGCUCGAUCGUACUGCGCUGGGCAGAAGCCAACAGCUUUGCCGCUGAGCUCGACGCAGGGGAGGAUGUACCGGCAGGAGACGCUGACAGACCCUGCGCGCUGAUUGAGCAGCUGUGUGAAGAGGACAUGGCGCACUUCCUGCAGUGCGUCGCGCCUAUGGUGGCCGCCAGCCGCCGCGCCCGUUCCGCGUCGCGUUUGAGUGCAACAGAGCCGCUGCCGCUGAGUUAUUACCCACCGAACCCAGCAGCAGCAGCGGUAGCGGGUGAAGAAGAUGCAGAGGACGAAGCAGUGGCCGGAGACAAGACAUAUGAUGAUGAUGAUGAUGAUGAUGCCGCUGGGGACGUGGACGCUGCAGUAACAGACGGCUGUGCAUCGCGGCAGUCUCGAUCGGCUGCCUCCACGGCUGCGUCCGAUGGGGAUUCGUCGCCCAUGGAGGGGAAGGAGAGCCACCGACGUGCUUCUGCCAGCAGCAGCAGCAGCAGCAGCAGUAGUAGUCAGACAGGAGAUGUCCCCGCCGGGAAGCCCCAGCAGCAGGCAGAAGAAGAAGACGAAGAAAAGGAGUGUCUCUCGCGGUGCUUGGAGGUUCUUGGCGCGGCGAUCGACUCCCCAGGCGUGCACCUGACACGCGGCUCCUCCACACAAGAGAGCGGAGUCCUCGCGCGCGUUGUGGCGCGGCGACCGAACUCUCGCGGCGCUGCAGCGAGUGGCGGAAGCAGCGACGUGGCCAAGUCGAUCGCCUCGCUUCCGGUGGGCGCAACACGAACGAAGCAAAAAGCUGCUCCCCGUCGACGGCCGCCGCACGUCGUGGACGAUGAGGAGAUGCGCGGCUGUCGCCCUGCGAAGCGAGCGAGAAGGGACGUCUCGUCACCCCCAUCGCCGCCCGCCGAAUCGCAGCUCGCAGGCGAAGUGCUGGGUGGUGCAGCAGCAGCAGCAGAAGCAAGGGCCGCAGGAGAGGCGCAGUUCUCUGCCGCCACCGCCACCACCCCGCUUCACAAAUCCGCGCCGCACAGCGAAUCAAAAGACUUUCCGGAACAGACCGUCUCUCCUCCGUUUCCUCCGCAUCGUGUUGCUGCUGCGCAGCCGAGUGCUGUAGCGGUGUACAAUUUCGCCGACGUCGUGACGGCGCCGGAGGACGCGGCGCAGCUGCCGAUUGCCCCAGCGGUGAAGAAGCUGCUGGUGGAUCUGCAGGAGAUAUUGCCACCCAAGCGGCGACGCACCGCCGGCGGGGCAAAGUCGCGAUGCCUGCCAGCGAAGAAAGCUCCACAACAGCAACGCAAACCAGCGACGAAAAAACGUGGCGCGGGCGGAGGGACUGUCCCUCUGCGACAGUUCGCAGCAGGGGCUGCAGCAGCAGCAAGGACGCAACUACCAGCGGAGGCGACAGCAGCAGUGCCCAAGACAACCUCUUCACCACCGCCGCUGCUGCUGUCACGACCGUCGACAGGAGGGAGUGAGAAGGUAAUCCCACUCCCGUCUGCUGCAGCUAACGCCGCUACUACCACUACUGCUUCCACUCGGUCUGCAACGCCUCUGCUGGAUUCACGGGUGCUGCGCGAAUCACACAAGGCAUCCCCCACGGCGCCACCAUCGUCACACCAGGAGCCACAACAGCCGCCGCCGCCGCCGAUCGAACUCGUCAACGCGGCACAGCCGGCGAGUGUGCCGCCGCCCUCGGCGCCAUCGCCUUGCUUGUCUCUGAGGAGUGACUACCGCCUCGCUGAAAAGGGUCUUCAUAAUAACAGAGAUGAGAACGACGUCGGGGCUGCGGUGCAGUAUGAGUCCUCGGUCCACACUCCCGCAGCAGCAGUAGUCACACCGCCGAACAGAAAGCUUGCCCACGCAUGGCAAAAUACGAAAUCGCAGUUGCAACCUACACCGCUUCGGGCGCAUACGCCGCUCCCCACGGCUUGUGCCUCCCCGUCGUCCAGCAGUUGCCACCAGCGCCACGCCAGGGAGUGUGGCGUGUUCCACGUACCACCAAGUGAAGACUGCCGCACAAAUCGUUGGCGGCGCGUGGUGCGGCAGUUGAACAGCCUUUCGGUGCACCUAACGCGGGCGCGCGCUUGUGGGGAGGAACUGCGGGGGUUGUUUCUCGUCAUGCUGGAGGACGCAGAGGUGUAG